UACUACGACGUUUUGAUCAGCGGCUACAUGAGAACUGGUAGUACACUGAUGGGAUAUAUUCUAGGUUGGAGAAAUGACUCGUUCUAUCUAUAUGAGCCUUUCCGGAAGAGCUUUAUGUGGAAUUACUGGCAUGGAAACGACACUGUUUGUCGCUCUGAUCGUCUAGACUGCAGAACGGUUGACCCUAGGCAGGCUGUUGAGAACAGUUUCCUUUCUAACAAAAACGACAAGUUGUCCGCUUAUUCGUUAGUUAUGGCAAUUCAGGUAUUAAGAAACAUCUAUGAUUGUCAGUUUAACGAAUUUGAACGGAGAGUUUUUCAGCCCUUUACUGCAAGACGGGGAGGUCCCAGCUGGAGUCAGAUGCGGUCUUGCAUGAAAAUCAAGAAAAAUUCUACACUAUGUCUACAUAAGUAUAUUCCCCGAAAUUGUCAGACCGCUACACACCGUGUAACGAAAGUACUGAGGUUCUCAACCGAUCUGCUGGCAGAUAUACUUCUUGAACGUGAAAACCUGAAGGUCAUUCAUCUUUUCAGGGAUCCCAGGGCAAUCAUCAAUUCAAGAAUUCAGGCGGAUUGGUUUCCAAUAAAUACAGAAAAACAAAUUAUUGAGGACGCUAAAGCUCUGUGCAAGAAAAUGCUGUUUGACUUCAAGGAAGGUCAAAAGCUACUAAAACUUUUCCCUGAUAGAUUUAAGGUCGUUUACUUUGAAGAUUUAUGCAAAAAUACAUUCAAUAAAUCCAAAGAAUUAUUCAAAUAUUUGGGUAUGGAUUUAGAUGAACAUAAGUUUCCGACGUUAAGGCUGUUAACUGUAUCUAGUGAUUCGGAGAAUCGAACUGAACAUAAGACAAACCAAACAUCCUGGUGGAGAAAAUCUUUAAAGUGGGACAUUCUGCAGAAAAUAGAUCUUGUAUGUAAGGGUGUCUAUACAGAACUUGGAUAUAAAUUCUUGAAAAAUGUAGAAGAAUAUCAAAACCUUUCAUUUUCAACUGUUGAUAUACCAAAAGAAUACUUAAUUGCAUAGGUUUCCAAAGUGAUAAUUAUUUUGUACAUUAUCCAUGAAAGUAACAUUGCUACCAUAAAUAUUAUUUUUAUUAUCAUCAUUAUUAUUAAUAUUGCCUUGCAUAGUGGUAGAUAUAUUUUCAUAUCGACUGAAGGGCAACAAUUGUGUUAUUAUAGUUGCUUAAGACUUCGAGGCAUUUGAUCAUCUUGUCUACAACAGUGCUUUGGUCUUAUAUACUAUAUGAUUUUAUUAAUGUUUUUACUAAUCUAACUAUUAAUAUCAUAAAAGAAAACUUUUAGCUUUAAUCGA